GGAGCAGUGCAUUCCCAAUUUGGCAAUGCUCACCACCCUUUUUCUCUCUGCUCCAAUCACACUUCUGACUGGAUUGAGAGCCAAGGCAUUCGGAUAACUGUGUUCCUCCAGGGGUUAAAUCUGCCAGUGGCACUUCUCCCUUUGCUCGCCGUGCCGCUGGAGUCUUGCCUGCUCUGUGGCUGCAUGUGCUGUGGCGAAAUUCCCAGUUGCUGCUCUGGAAACCAAUUGUGCCAGUGAAGAAUGUGCCGGCUCAGCGAAUCCGUCAGGAGAGUGUGAGAAGGGAGAGGGGGAGAGAGAGAGUGCGAGCACGAGAAACUGAGCCCAAAGCAACCUCUCUCUAUCUGUUUCAUCUCCAUCCCUUGCCGCCUUACAAGAUCUCCUUGACUCUCCCGUUUGCAGACAUCAAGUGGAACAGGGAGGACGCGAUGUCCAACAGCAAGGAAUGGGCCACGCUCAGCCCGGAAGAGUUCACCCAGCUGCAGAAGUACAUUGAUUACACCAACAAGAAAGUGCAGGAUGUACUUCAGGAAUUCUACGGAGAGGGUACCUUGUCCAGGCACUUGCAGGGAGAUUCAAUAGACUUUGAAGGUUUCAAGCUCUUCUUAAAAACCUACUUGGAGGCAGAGGAGAUCUCCGAUGAACUUUGCCGCCACCUUUUCAUGUCCUUCCAGACAACUGCUGGGCAGGACACAACAGAACCAACAACAGAGUCUGCCCAUGGUUUUGUUUGCGUCAAUGAUGUCUCCUGUUACUUCUCGCUGCUGGAAGGUGGGAGGCCAGAGGACAAGCUUGAAUUCACCUUCAAGCUCUAUGACAAAGAUGGCAACGGCCUGCUCGACAGUUCAGAGGUGGACCGCAUUAUCACGCAGAUGAUGCGUGUGGCUGAAUAUCUGGAAUGGGACGUCACUGAGCUUAAACCAAUUCUGCAGGAGAUGAUGCGAGAGAUUGACUAUGACGGCAGCGGCACGGUGUCUCUAUCUGAGUGGCUGCGCGGUGGCGCCACCACUGUCCCCCUUCUGGUGCUGCUGGGACUGGAAGCUACCAUGAAAGACGAUGGGCAGCACUUAUGGCGCCUGAAGCACUUUAACCGCCCAGUUUACUGCAAUGUGUGUGAGACGCUGCUGUUGGGGUUGCGCAAGCAGGGGCUGCGCUGCACAUUCUGCAAGUUCACUGUUCAUGAGCGCUGUGCCCGCAAGGCCCCGCCAAGCUGUAUCAGCACUUAUGCCAAAAGCCGUCGUGACACCAGUGCACAAGCCCACAUCUGGGUCAGAGGUGGUUGUGAUGGCAAUAAAUGUGACCGGUGUCAAAAGAAGAUCAAGAGUUUUCAGAGCCUGACAGGCAUAACCUGUGCCUGGUGCCAUCAGACGAUCCAUGAUGAGUGCCUGCCCUUCAUGUCUUCAACUUGUGAUUGCGGGAUCCUCAGGGAUCAUAUUCUGCCACCUUCAGCAAUCUACCCUGUUGUGCUGGAGAGGCAGAACAGUCAGAAGAACGGAGUCUGCGGGACCCCUGGAACUCCUUCAGAAGAGCCAGCUCAGCCCUUCACCACCCCUGAGGGACAGGCAUUGAGAAUCAUCCCAGUGCCUGACACUCACCCCUUGCUUGUCUUUGUCAACCCCAAGAGUGGUGGGAAACAGGGAGAGAGGGUGCUGCGGAAAUUCCAGUAUCUCCUUAACCCACGGCAGGUCUACAACUUAAUGAAGGGGGGGCCUGGACCAGGGCUGAAUUUUUUCCGGGAUGUGCCAGAUUUCCGUAUCCUGGUUUGUGGUGGUGAUGGCACAGUGGGAUGGAUCUUGGAUGCCAUCGAUAAGGCAAAUCUACCAACUCGGCCUCCAGUGGCGGUGCUGCCUCUAGGAACUGGCAACGAUCUGGCCCGCUGCCUUCGCUGGGGAGGGGGAUAUGAUGGCGAAAAUCUGGUGAAGAUACUGAAAGAUAUCGAGGCUAGUAACAUCCUGCAGAUGGACCGCUGGUCAGUGCAGGUGAUGCCUGAUAACCCUGAGGAGAAGGGUGAUCCUGUCCCCUAUGAGAUCAUCAACAACUAUUUCUCUAUUGGUGUCGAUGCCUCCAUUGCCCAUCGAUUCCAUGUCAUGAGGGAGAAAUAUCCAGAGAAAUUUAACAGCAGGAUGAAGAACAAACUCUGGUAUUUUGAGUUUGCCACGUCUGAGACCAUCUUUGCCACAUGCAAAAAGCUUAAGGAGUGUCUGUCUGUUGAGUGCUGUGGGCAGCCCCUUGACCUCAGCGGAGCACUUUCUGGAGUGGCUAUUCUCAACAUUCCCAGCAUGCAUGGCGGCUCCAAUCUCUGGGGCGAGACAAAAAGACCCUUGGGGGAGGCAGCAGCCCGAAGCACAGCAGGGGGGGCAGCACAACCCCAGGUGAUCACUGAUGCUGAAACCCUGAAGAACUGUGUGCAAGAUCUGAGUGACCUGCGCAUGGAGGUGGUUGGCUUGGAAGGUGUGAUCGAGAUGGGACAGAUCUACACGGGGCUGAAAAGCGCAGGCAAGCGGCUGGCCAAAUGCUCUGAAAUCACACUGCGGACCUUCAAGCACCUCCCCAUGCAGAUUGAUGGAGAGCCAUGGAUGCAAGCACCAUGCACGAUCAAGAUAACCCACAAGAACCAAGCUCCCAUGCUCAUCGCACCACCUCCACGAUCCUCCAGCUUCUUUGGCCUCAAGAAGGGACCACAGGAGCCCUGAAGGUGCUUCGGUGCCUGUCGGGGAACAGCAGCUUCUGUGGCGAUGCAGCCCCCGGGCCCGGGCUUCAGAUGUCCCGCGUCCUGCACUGCUGAGGGGAGAACUCUCCUCAGUCAUCGCCACACGAAACUGAGCAAACCAGAUGGCGCUUCUUGCUGUCUCGUCCAUGGCAAGGAGACGGGCAGCAGCCUCAGCCACACAGACCAGCCUCACCAAUUCCCUGGCCUGGGGAGGGGGGUUUCCAAGGCUCUCUGCCCCUUAGGCUUCGCAGUGCCCUCGUGUCUAGUGUUGCCCCUCAGGCUGCCUGACUGUGCCAUCACCCUCCUCCCUUGCAGAUGCCAAAUCCUCUGUCACGGCCUGUCCCGUGGUUCCCUGAAUUCCCAGCUCUUGCCCUUGUAAUUCCGCCCCUUGUAGAUUCCACCCCCUGCACUUGAGGUAACUACUGAGAGACUGUGGUGGCACCAGCUGUUCUCUCCCACUCCCCCUUUUAUUUAUUGCAUCUCCAUUCCAAGUCCUCCACUUGCAGUUAAGUUAUCAGAAGUGCCUCAGCAUAGUAAUAAAGGGUAGGGUUUUUUUCUCCUUCUG